GAAGAGCAUUUUGCCGAUGCUUUGACGAGGCACCUUCGAAAAGCUCCUGUAUCCAUUCCCCCUUCACCAGCCGCCUCACGCGCCGCCGUAAUCUUAACAUCAAACUCCAAGAAACCGGUUCCUUCUCUUCCUCCUUCCUUUUUUCAACUUUGUCCGGCUUGUCUUUUCUCCACCACUCUACCUUUUCCCAAUCAAUCUCUCUCUUUUUCCGUUUCUGUCGCUUUCUUUUCUUCUUUUGGUUCGCUAAGAUCCCUUCGGAGACCCGACAGAGAAAUCUAGGGUUUCUGGGGUUUUUGAUCGGAAAGGGGUUAAUUUUAAGAAUAAGGGGUGGUGGUGGUGUGUGAUGAGAAGAAGAUCAUCAUCGUCGUCGUCGCCAUCAUCAUCAUCACCGUCGUCGUCAUGGGAGGGGUCACUUCGUCGAUCGCCGCGAAAUUCGCUUUUUUCCCGCCAACUCCGCCGUCUUACGGCGUGGUAGCAGACGAGAGCUGCGGCGGGCGCCUUUACAUACCGGAGGUGCCUCGCCUUGACGACGUUGACGUCCUGAAGCUCCGGACACGGCGAGGCAACGAGAUCGUGGCUAUUUAUGUGAAGCACCCGAAGGCUAAUGGCACGCUUCUCUACUCCCAUGGAAACGCCGCCGAUUUAGGUCAUAUGUUUGAGCUCUUUGUCUUGCUUGCCAGUCGUCUUCGCGUUAAUCUCAUGGGGUAUGAUUAUUCUGGAUAUGGGCGGUCCACAGGGAAGGCAAGCGAGAGCAAUACAUAUGCCGAUAUAGAUGCAGCGUAUAAAUGCCUCAAAGAACGAUACGGUGUGAAGGAUGAUCAACUGAUAUUAUACGGUCAGUCUGUUGGCAGUGGACCGACAGUUGAUCUGGCUUCACGCACGGCUAACUUGAGAGGUGUGGUUCUACAUAGCCCAAUCCUGUCUGGAAUGCGGGUUUUGUAUCCGGUGAAACGCACGUAUUGGUUCGACAUAUACAAGAAUAUUGACAAGAUUGGCGCGGUUACCUGUCCUGUCUUAGUAAUCCAUGGAACAGCGGAUGAAGUGGUGGACUGUUCCCAUGGAAAACAGCUCUGGGAACUCUGCAAAGAAAAGUAUGAACCUUCAUGGAUAACAGGAGGAGGACACUGCGACCUCGAGCUCUAUCCAGAAUACAUCAGACGUCUGAAGAAGUUUGUCAUUUCAGUAGGCAAACCAAAGGGACCAAGAAUCGGUAGCAACAAAGGCGAAACAGAUGCAACCGACAACCAGAGCAAGAGCAAGCCCCCUGAAAACGGGACUGCUGAUACUUUUGAGCUCGGAUACCUUCCGGAAGUUUCUAGAAACAGUCUUGAUAGCCGGCUGGAGAAGACGAGUAAGCCUGAAAAGUCUCGGAUGAGCAUCGAUCGGUUUAGAAUGAAAAAAGGUCUCCUCUGGUGACGACGAAACGGAUGGAAGGAUCACGAUCACGAAAUAAGUUAGUUAAUUCACAAGCCUUGUUUGUUCAUGCGAUCCAUAUUCUUGAUGGGUUUUCCUUUUGUGGCCUCAGAAAAUUCUGUGUUUUUGUGUCUGCUCUUAGGGUUCGUGUAUGUAUUUUUUUUCCCUGACAUUACCAGAAAUCUCAAAGCCUUGAUCUCUCAAAUGUUAAUGUAAAUCCCAGGGGGGCGUUUCUUUUCCC